UUUUUAGACUGCGUUUGUCAGCUGUUCAGUUCAGUUCAAUAUGGAAUAACGCAGUGUUACAAUUGCUUUGUUAUAAAGACUUUGGAGCGAGAUUAACACAAGCAAAAUAGCCUGUGUGCAAUCGUUAUCGUGCAAUUUAUGCAAAAUUUCGCCCGUAACGUGGAUGUGUUGACACAAGGUCUCAAGUACGGUAUAUCCGGCCUCAUGAACCUCGCAAAUCAAACUGCUGAUCCUCAGAAUGGUGUUUUUUUUGUCAAUUUCAAUCAAGAUUGCACAUCAUUAGCAGUUGGCUCGAAGUCUGGAUAUAAGAUAUUUUCUCUUAGUUCAGUCGACCAUCUAGGAAAAAUAUUUGAAAAUGACACAGAAGAUGUGUUCAUUGUCGAAAGGUUGUUCAAUAGCAGCCUUUUGGCCAUGGUUAGCCUAUCUUCCCCCCGCAAACUCAAAGUUUGUCAUUUUAAAAAAGGAACCGAAAUAUGUAACUACAGUUACUCCAAUACAAUUUUGGCUGUGAAACUCAAUAGAGCAAGAUUAGUAGUAUGUUUGGAAGAAUCUUUAUACAUUCACAAUAUUCGAGAUAUGAAGGUGCUGCACACAAUUCGAGAAACACCACCAAACCUAGCUGGCCUUUGUACACUUUCUAUAAACAGCGACAAUUGUUAUUUGGCCUAUCCUGGUUCAAAUACCAUCGGAGAAGUUCAAAUUUUCGAUGCUACUAAUCUGCAAGCCAAAACGAUGAUUCCAGCUCACGAUAGUCCAUUGGCAGCUCUUGCUUUCAGUCCUAAUGGAACAAAAGUUGCAACUGCGUCAGAAAAGGGCACUGUCAUUAGAGUCUUUAACGUUAAUGAUGGCACAAAACUUUUUGAAUUUCGCCGAGGGGUGAAAAGAUGUGUCUCAAUAAGUAGUCUUGCUUUCAGUAUGGAUUCGAUGUUCCUUUGUUGUUCUAGUAACACGGAAACAGUACAUAUUUUUAAAUUGGAGGAACCGAAGGACGCGCCUCAACAACAGCCAGAAGAGGCUCAAAGUUGGAUGGGCUACUUAACGAAAGCAGUUUCCGCGUCGGCGAAUUACUUACCUUCUCAAGUCACCGAUGUGUUUAAUCAAGGUCGUGCCUUUGCAAGUGUUCAUUUACCUUUUCAAGGAUUAAAAAAUGUUUGUGCCAUCACUACCAUACAAAAAGUGUUGAGGCUUCUCGUUGCCAGUGCUGACGGUUACCUCUACGUUUAUAAUUUGGACACGAAUGAAGGCGGUGAUUGUACUCUUUUGAAACAACACAGGUUGGAUGGUAAACAAGACGAAGUAGAUUGUGCUACUGUUUCGACAACUGGCUCGGGAGAGAGUUCCGUAACUGCAAAUCAAGCUGUUCCAAAUUCAGCCUGCAUAAAUAGCUACGCGGGUGCGUUGCGUGGCCGCUCGCCAGACUCCAUGUCAGGUACUGAAUCGGAAAAGUAUCAUGAAUGGAUAGCAGCAACGGAAAGUCCGCCAAAAGGUGGUGGACCUUUUCGUUUGGAUGACGACACAGAAUUUCCACCUGUUACACAAAGAACGGAUUGAAGGAAUAAUGAUCCGCAUAUCAAAAAAAGGACGAAGAGAUUUUUCCAGAGGAUAGAAAAGUGAAUUUUGUGAUCAAAAUUUCCUCUGUGAUUUUUAAACACCAAGAUUAUUACGAAAAAAAUAAAAUUUGCAGUUUAUAUAAAAAAAAAAACAGAAAAAACAAAUUAGACUAUAUUUCUCUUCAACUUUAGUUCUUGAAUGCAAUAAUAUCAGUUUUGGAAGUCUAAAAGCUGGAAACACGACAUGUUGUGGAGUACACAAUAAUAAUAAAAAAAGGAUAGGAAAUAAAUAUAUUUCCGCAGUGUUCAUAGAAUAUGGCGUUUAUAUAGAUUAUUUGUAUGUAAUUUAUUAAUUUAAAAAAAAAAUCAUCGGUGCCAAUUCGUAGAUCCGUUGGGACUCGACCGACAUUGAUAACGCUUCCGAGCGAAUUAUUUGUACAUUAUUUUAAUUUUUGAUUUAUUACCAUUAUUCUCAAUAUGGUAGAAAAAAAAACACACACACUGUAUUUGUCGUAACUCUUGUCUGUGUAAUAAUAUGUAACCAAAUGAGCAUGUAUUCGAGUUACCGUAGAAAUUACUGAAUGGAGGUGUACGACUUGCAUACGAUAGGCCAGUGUCAUACAUAUAUCCACAAUAUGUCCUUCGGUUUUAUACUAACGAACCUUGUUUAGUAUAUAUAAAUAUAUAUAAAAAAAAAUAAAAACACUGAUGACAAAUGUACAUACAUACAAAUGUUAACACAUUGAUGUCAGUACUCGUAAGAUUAUUAUUUUUAUUAUUAUUAUCAUUAAUACAUACAUAAAUUGUAUGAUUUAGGCUCUCAUGCAUUAAGACAAUGCUUUCCUAAAAAAAAACUUCCACUCUAAGGUUUUCGAUAUGACUACCCAUAAAGUGGAAAAAAUGUGAUGAUAGGAUGUACAGUUAUUAUCAAACGAUUACUUGUUUAUCAACAUCUCAAAGUAGGAAGUAAAAACUUUUUGUCUAAUAAAAAUUCACUUUUCUCUAA